AUAUAGUUUUACUUUCCUUUUAUUUCAUAUUAUUUCUUAUUCAAAAAUAGAUUUUAGUUUUAAUUCCUUUUUAGUUAGAUUUCUUUGUCCCCACCUGUAUAGUAACUAAAUAAAAUACAAGAACUAACCUUACAUUCUUAAAACUUAAUUUUGUCGAGUUUGCGGAUUGAUCCCCUGGUUGCCCUAUACUACAUUAGUGGGGAUUAGGGUUUGUUGACUUUUUGUGCGGCCAAAAAGCCUCUCAACAAAUGGCGCCGUUGCCAGGGACUCGGCGAGUUAAGUCUUAGAGUGUUAGGUUAGUCUUGCUUAGGUUUGUUUUCUUGAUUCUAUUUUUGUUUCAUGUGCAUAUUUUCUUCUUUUUUGUUUAGGAUCUGUUUCUUCCUUUUGCAUUUUUGUAUAUUAGGAUCUUGUUAGCUUUAUCUUUUUCUGUUUUUGAUAUUCUGCGUGUUUAGUUUUUGUGUCUCAAGCUUCAGUUUCUAGAAACAUUAGAAUCUGUAAAUAGUGGUAGCUCUCCAUGCUAUUAUUGUUUCUUGGUAUAACCUUGGCUCAAAGUGAAUUCCAGGUUUAGACAGGUUCUGUACAAGACCAGAGAUGGCAAAUUCACAGGACUGGCUGUACAAGCUUAUAAAAAGGUUGCCUAAGUACCAUGGAUUGGCUGGAGAAGAUCCUUACAGGCACCUGAAGGAGUUUCAAGUGGUCUGCCUCAUGUUUAAACCAUCAGAAGUCCCUGAAGAUUGGGUCAAGUGGAAGGCAUUCCCUUUCUCCCUUCAAGAUGCAGCCAAGGAUUGGUUGUACUACAAGACCUAUUCAGCACCAUACACUUCCUGGGCUGACAUGCAGAGGAGUUUCCUAGAGAAGUUCUUCAGAGUCUCAACAACUGUCUCCAAGCAAAGGGAAAUCAGUUCCAUCAUGCAGCUGCAAGGGGAGACAUUGAGGGAGUACUGGGACAGAUUCAACCAGUUGUGUGCCUCAUGUCCUAAUCAUCAAAUUAGUGAUCACCUGCUCAUCCUGCACUUCAUUGAUGGAUUGAGUAUACAUGACAGACACUAUGUUGAUGCUGCAGUUGGAGGAUCAUUGAUGGAUAAGACAAUUUCAGAAGCCAGGUGCUUGAUAUCAAAGUUGAGUGGUUGUCAUGAUGAAGCUAGUGAAUCUGAGUUAUGUGCUGAUUUUGACAUCAUUCUAGUUGAUAAUAGCCUCACAGUAGGUGCUGAUUCUGCUGCUGACUUGGUGGAGAUUGGUGAGGUUAUUUUUGAGGAGCCAAUACAGGUUAAUUCUAAACUUGAGCUUCCUAAUGGUUUGGGUGAGGUGCAGAAUAACUUUGAUAAUUUUAUGCAUGUUGAAUCUGAGAAACCCUUGCCUAAUAGUCUUGUUGUCAUACCUGGUUAUUCUGAGAUUGUGGAUGAAAUAUUUGUUGUAGAACACAUUGAUAUACCUGAUGUUGUUUAUGAUGUGUGCAUUGAGCUUGAUCACUGUUUUGAUGAUAACAUUAUGCCAUGCACUGACUCAAUUGAUUCUGCUGUUGUUGGUAAGGACAUUUUAAAUGAGUCAACACAGGUGUGUUCUAACCUUGAAAUUCCAGUUGCUUUAUUUGAGUUUCCUUUACAAUAUAGAUCAUUUGAUUGCAUGUGCAUAGAUCCUAUAGAGCAUGUUGAUGACACUGUUGAACUUAUUGAUUCUAAGGCUUUUAAAGCUGCAUUUGAGAUUGGACAUCUUCAUACCCCUGCUGAAUGUAUUGAUGUUAUGUGUCCAGCCUUUGAUGCGCUGCUCUUUAUUGAAAAUGAUUCUGAGUUCACUGUUAACAAAGCUGCAAUGUUUGAUGAUCCCCUUAUGCAUGUUGACUUUGAAUUUAGUGAAUGCUCUGCAGAGUUAAAUGAAAAGGAUGAUGCAUACACUGAAGGCAUGAAAGAAGUUCUGGUUGAGCUAGCUGGGAAAGAAGAGCUCUGGUUGCUGCAGAAAUGUGCUUGGAAAAUGCAGAACCAGUUGCCAGCCUUGAAGAGAGAGCUGAUGCAAUUGCUGCAACAAAUGCUUGAGGAGGACAACUUCAAUGCAGCCAUGGAAACCUUACUUUUUAUUGUAGCUUGUAGAUUUAGUUUUUUUUUUUUCCAGCUUUGUUCUUGUAUAUGUUGUGUUCUUUUAAGUUCAGCUUUCUUGCUCUUGUUAUAUACAUUGUCUUGAUUCAAUUUUAAUACUUUUCAAUUCAAUUUUGCAUGAUUGUGUCCUGAUUGAUCUGUAAAUAUGUUUGUGCUGUUUAGAA